UUAUCAAUCAGUGAGAUGGCGCUAUCAGGGGCGCCAAGUGGGGACGAGACGCGUCACGGAUGUAGGCAGAAUGAUUGAUCGGUGGUAUUUGGAUGUUCGGUAGGAUUUUUGGAGGUUCGGAAAGGGACGUUAUGGUUGAAAUAGACCGAUGGGUGGUUGUUGGGUGGUGGUGGUGUGCUUUGGGAGAAAUGACCGGUGGUGCUCACCGCAUCAACAGCCGAUGCAGCACAUCCAGUAUGGCAUCGGCGAACAAUGAUAAGAUAUGUCAGACCGGCAGGAUGGUACGCAGACGCGUGUAAUGCGUGGCGUAAUAAUAAUGGAAGUGACCGGUCUAGAGCAGAGUAGUCUUUCUUAAGUGGUUAUUUUUGUCAUACUAGGACACCCCCAAA